CCUACAGACACAGCAAAACUAACAUUUAAACUAUUUCUGUAUUUCUUGGCACUGCCCUCCCAGUGCCUUGAAAGAGUCUCUUUACUUUUGGAGGUGAUAAAUAUGCCAUCACAUAUGUUUGUCCCUAUAAAUGUGUGGAGCGAGGAGCACACGCUGGAAAACCUUGGGAGUUUUAGGGAGCAGCAAACUCAGCUUAAGCAAAUUGGAGGACAGGAGGUGAAUUCCUGUUCUAAAUUUCAGGAUAAGGAUCAUCCCCCCAGUUUCUGAUUGAGGAGAUGGCAGGGGAAUAUUUGCAUUUUGAUCUUUCUGUUGGAGUUAUUUAUCCUUAAGCUUUGCAGGACUGAAGUGCAUAACGACUGUAAGUUUGUAGGAAUUUGGUGUUAACGUGGACUUUGACACUUGUAGGUGGGAAUAAAACAGAAUUCAGCUGGGGCUGUUGUUAGUAGGCAUGAGAAGGGCUUGUUUGUUUGAUUUUGCACGUGUUUUGGUUUCACUGUUUAUUUUGGGCGUUUCUUUUGUGUUUUGGAUGCUUGUGGCACCUCUGGAAAAACUGCAUCCAGUCUGUUUCAUCUACCUGCAUGUACAAACUGCACCUGAGCAGAGAGUUAGCCAAGAGAUUUCCAUAAGCAAUCACAAGAAUGCUGCAAGUACAUUUUCUAAGCAAAAUAACACCUGAACACCUCUUUUUACACGUUCCAGUGAAAACCCAGAAGCUCUCAGCUUGCACAGCCUGGUCUGGUGGAAGGUGUCCCUGCCUGUGGCAGGAAGGUGGGAACUAGAUGGUCUUUAAGGUGCCUUCCAAACCAACCCAUUUUUUGCCUCCUGACCUGAAGUUUGGCUGUUGAAGGGAAAUCUUCCAUGCUGGGAAUUCACCUUCAUAACAAUUAUAAACCGUUAAGGGUGUUUAACUGGUCUGUACCGCUGCUCUAAUUUUUUAUCCCGAAAAUUAGAGCCGUCUCUUUGCUCUGUCACCCCUAAAACGACGUGUCUGCUGUGAUUUAGAAGGGGAUGUCUAAACAUGUGGUGGAUUCAGCAGAGGUGUUCUGGUGGCUGGUUUAAUAUGCAGCUGGUGAGGAGCACAGAGCGAUCAAUAACAAGGUUAUCCCAAGUUCAGAGCAGGCUCUGCGCUCAUUGGUUUCCAAAGUCGGAUGCAUCAGGAGCAAGGUCACCCAGGGGAUCUGGUGACAGUAUAAAUAAUAAAGCAGAGCUGAAGUAAUUUGUUGACAGCACCACACCCCCCUCCCCGAGAGAAAAUUGUGCUUUAUUGCAUCGGGUCUGGGGCUCGAUGGCGAGACCUUUCGCAUUUCUUGACACCGAUUUUUCCCUUUUUGCUUGAAAAAUGAUGGGUCUUUGCUCUCUGUCCCCCAGUGUCAUUGGAGUUUUAAAUAGACUAAGGAAGGUGGUUUGAAGGGAAUCAGUCAGGAAAUCAAUUCCAAGCUGCUAAUGAAAUAGAGACAGGCCGUGACGGACAGGGGACGUUCAAAAGCUGGCCGGGUGGAUUUGUGUGUCCGUGCUUCCCACCGGGAUGGUUUGUCACUCCGUUACCCUGCACGAGUGAAGCCUCCAGGUGAAACAGGUGAUUGUAGUCUGUUAACUGCUCAGAUUAAGCCCUGCAAACCACCCAGCUGCCCCUGUACACCCUCCAUGCCUCCCUCCAUAAUCCAGCCAACUCCCUUUUCCCAUACAAGUCUGUGCUGCCACCGGCCAAAGGUCGGACGCUCGCGGGGACUCUCCGGCAGCUGAAUGUCACAUUUUAUUGAGUGGGUGGAUCCUGUUCAUCCAUUUCCCCUCCGAGCCUUUUCUAAAAAUAGCACAAACCUUAACAAGGAGCUAUUUUGGAGGACUCAUGUUCAUGGGGGUAGUCAUGGGAAGCUUAUUUUGGCAGGCUUGCAUGUGUUUGAUUUGCAUGCUACCCCUGGUCAGGGGCUUUGGUGGACGCCUGUGGGAGCCAGUUGGACACGGGCUAAAGACAGGGAGCAUCUGGAUUUUGGAACCUGGGUUUGGACAGCUACUCCAAGUGAGUUUACAGGAGGAAAAGAAGGGAAGAUAUCCUCAUAGGAAUGUUGAUAUGUGACUGAAGUCAUUCAUUUCAGGCAUUUGCACACCAGCCCACAGCUUAUCGGAUCUGAUUUCAUAAAACCUGGCUGUGAUUUCUCUCCAGGGACCUUAAUGAUCUUGCCAUUUCCAAUAAACAUUUAUAGAAACUACUGCCGGCCUGUGGAUAAGAGAAACUCCUAUGAGAGACUUUUAUCUUCCAAAAAUACUCAAAGACACCAAAAAAAAACCAAACCAAACCCCAAAAAAACCAACCAAACCAGGCAGGAGAAGAUCACUUGAAAAUGCCCGGCGGGUGGCUGGAGCUGAAUUGCAGUGCCAGGCGUUUGCUUUGUAGCCAUGCCUAGGGGAGGUUUGCUGUUCCCCCUUGGAAAACCGGAGCGAGGCUGGAACUGGGACCAGCAAAACCCCAUGAGCAAAAGCAAACCCUAAGAGCCCCGAUGGCCACGCGGCAGAUACGAAGCCGAAGCUGCCUUCUUUGCCAACCUGAAACUGGCCGACUUCAACAUCAUCGACACCCUGGGAGUCGGAGGCUUCGGCCGAGUGGAGCUGGUCCAGCUGAAGAGCGAGGAGUCGAAGACGUUCGCCAUGAAGAUCCUGAAGAAGCGUCACAUCGUGGACACGCGGCAGCAGGAGCACAUCCGCUCCGAGAAGCAGAUCAUGCAGAGCGCCCACUCCGACUUCAUCGUCAGGCUCUACAGGACAUUCAAGGACAGCAAGUACCUGUACAUGCUGAUGGAAGCCUGUCUGGGGGGAGAGCUCUGGACAAUUCUCAGGGACAGAGGUUCGUUUGAGGACUCCACGACCAGGUUUUACACGGCGUGUGUGGUGGAAGCUUUUGCCUAUUUGCAUUCCAAAGGGAUCAUUUACAGGGACCUCAAGCCAGAAAACCUCAUUCUGGAUCACCGAGGUUAUGCCAAACUGGUCGAUUUUGGCUUUGCAAAGAAAAUAGGAUUUGGAAAGAAAACAUGGACUUUUUGUGGCACCCCGGAGUACGUGGCCCCCGAGAUCAUCCUGAACAAAGGUCACGACAUUUCAGCAGACUACUGGUCACUGGGAAUCCUAAUGUAUGAGCUCCUGACUGGCAGUCCCCCCUUCUCAGGCCCAGACCCCAUGAAGACCUAUAACAUCAUAUUAAGGGGAAUAGACAUGAUUGAAUUUCCAAAGAAGAUUGCCAAAAAUGCUGCUAAUUUAAUUAAAAAACUAUGCAGGGACAAUCCAUCAGAAAGAUUAGGGAACUUGAAAAACGGCGUGAAAGAUAUCCAAAAGCACAAAUGGUUCGAAGGCUUUAACUGGGAAGGGUUACGGAAAGGGACACUGACUCCUCCCAUAAUACCAAGUGUCGCAUCUCCAACGGACACGAGCAACUUCGACAGCUUCCCGGAGGACAGUGACGAGCCACCCCCUGACGACAACUCAGGAUGGGACAUAGAUUUUUAAUGUCUUUCUCUUACCUGCUUCUGCCUUGCUGAGGACAGCUUUCCUGGGACGUGGCUGCCAGCGAAACCGAGAGAACGGAACUGGGGAGGAUUCGUGCUCGGGGUCACCAUGAUGCCUUGAUUGAUGCUGCUACAGGAACUCCAGUGGCAUUAGGACUUACUGCUUAGAUGACAAUAGUGCUCUUCAUGUUUUCUGUUCGAACACAACCUGGGGGUUGACAUGGUGGUCCUGACACAGAGCCUUUCACCGGUAGAGAAACAUGUUUUCUGUCACCGCCGAGGUCUUGCUACGCUCUUAAUUAUCAAGGUCAGGAGAUACGUUGUGUAAGACACACCCAAUUGUAGCUGCGAGGUACUGGCUUUAUCAGUAGGAUCAGUAGUAAUUUAUUCAGUGCUGUAGCCAAAUACAGUGCAGGAUUUGGGCUAUUCCCACCCUCCCAGCUCCGCAGGGCUCCCUCCCGGUGUCGGAGCAGAGGAGGCCACGGCAGGCCCGGCCAAAGAGUUCAUGUCAAAGCAGUGGUGAAAUGUGUCCUUUUCCUUUCUGAGCAGAACCACGACAAGACUGAAUGUUACCUUUCCUCUUUGGUUUGGAGAGUUUUUUUUGUGGAGCCUGGUAGAACAAAAGCACAACUGCUCGAGAUCCUGUGAAGGCAGAUAUGGGUCAUUUCUCUCACGCUGCAACACCACCUUUGGGGUUUGUUUUUCCUUUCCCUUGGUACAAAUACAUCCCUGCAUGAAAACAAAAAUCAGGAAACUAAUCCAUUUGACAUUUAAAACAGUGCUUGGAUCACGGUCCUGUAACAAGGCGACAGCACCCACUGGUCUUGUCGAUUUAGGCAUAAAAUUAAGCUUGACUUUGACCUCUUCAGAACCCAAAGGGAAAACAUAAGACCUGUAAUGUCCUUUUUAGGUGCUAUGUCCAUCCCUCACCUGGUCACUCAACCACCUUUUGAGAGAUAUGUAGCAAGAGGCUUCGUUCUCCGUCGCUCUUGGAUGAUCCCACGUCUCCACGUCUCCAUCUCCUCCGUGUUUAGUGCAGAGCUCAUUAAAAGCCAAGUACUGGGCCAGUUUGCUGGCUCUGGUGUAAUAUUGCCUGUAAAAAUGGAAUCCUGAUGCCUCUCUGGGCUAAGGGAAGUCCAUGGAAUUAAAUGGAAAAGCGAUAUUGGAUGUAUUUGUGCAAGGUCUCCGUGUCGCCGGCGCGAGUUCCCCGAUGAUCGUGUUUAGGGCACUGUAAUGGCCACAGUCAUCAUGUGGAAAAACAGCCUGGGGAAAACAGGAUCAGGAUAUGCUUUUCCCUGACUUCCACUGCUUUUCCUUUGCUUGAAUACAGUCUCCUCUGAUUUAUAGGCCAUAACUCUGUCCUGGAUGCCCGUUUGUUGACUUCAAGUAUCCCGUUAUCCAACAAAAUCCAUCAGGUUUCGGUCUCUCUAGGACCUCAAAAAAUCAUAGCAUCACAGAAUAAUGGAAUAGUUUUGGAUUGGAAGGGACCCUAAAGACCCUGUCAUUCCAAGCCCUGCCAUGGGUGAGCAGGUGCUGCCCCGUUUCAUCUCAGCGCUGCCCGGAGCUGAGAGUGGGGAGAGCAGCUCUUGCUGAGAAGGACUUUUGCCCACAUACUCCGUGGAAAAUGUCUGUUUUAACAGUAAAAUAUUAUUUCCCUGAUGCUAAAUCCCAGCUCUUUCCCAUGUUUCUGAUGAAAGCAACUUGACAGAGUGUACUGUUUGACAGCGUGGACUGUGUCCUGCUGUUUGCCAGCAGACAUGAGCUGGCUCACCUUUGGAACCAGUCUGUGGCACAGGAUUUCCUUCCCUGUUUUCCAGAGGGUGAGGCAGCAGAGCUGGCACAGUCACUUCAGGUUAUUUCUGCUGUUCUUUAAUCAUUGGAACUUUGUCUGCCUUCCAAACUGUCGGGAAAAGGCAGUAGCUCCUGGCUUUUCCACCUUUAUCCGAGGGACGGACGACCCUGAGAGCCAAGGCUGAGCACUAGGGCUAAAAUAUCCACCAGGCAUCUGAGAGAACAGGCCUAGCAGCCAAAUUCUUCACUCACACCCCCCUGGAGUUUCACUCAACAAGGAGAACUUUCUGUAGGAACGUAGAGAGGAGUUUGUCCCAAAACGAUGACACUCGUGCUGUGGCAGGCAAGGGGUUGCUGGGUGGCAAAAGCACCACGAGGAUUUGGGGGGCAACCUGAAAACACGACAGGAAGGAGGGUUUGAAAUGGGCUCUUUUUCUUUUUCCCGUCCCUUUUUCCCUGUGCCAAGCACAGGAAUCAAUACCUGUACUGAAUAUGAGUUUAUUUUGAUAUCAAACCCCUCACUCGACUCCCAUCACCUCUCCCAAGCAUUAACACCACACUAUGUAUAUGAUAAAAGCCUUCAUUUAUAAUAAUAUAUUUAAGUUGCUUUAUAUAUAUAUAUAUAUAUUCACAACAAGGGAUUGCCUCUGUGUUUCCACUUUGUGUCCUUAUUUCUUUGUCUCCUUCCCUAAUCUAUGGGAGGAGGGUGUAUUUAGGCUCCCAUAUUCCAGCUGAAAUCAGCUCCCAUAUUUCAGAGCAGGGUGUUGAUUGGUGUCAUGACCACAUGGCUGAUCCGUAGCUUCUCCCAGCGCUGCAUUUCCCACAGCAAACUCUUCUUUACCAACAGGACCACGAGCGACUAUUUCUGUAAAUAGGUAUUUUCGUGUCGGUAUUUUGUGGUACACAUUGAACUUUUUGUUCUUUUUCCAGCCCCAUGGCAUUAUUCCUUCAUUUCCUUAUUUGUAAUGUAAUGUUUUUAGCUCAAGGUAGACUUGAAUUAAUGUCAUAUUUGUCAGUAUUAUUAAACUUUAUGUCAACUGUCCUGUUAACUCAUCUGUCCCAUAGUUUGAGAACAUGACUAGCUAUCUGGCAUUGUUGCAAGUGCCUUAAAUCCAUGGCAUCUUAUAAAAAAAAAUGACAAAUUUGGUGUUAUGCUGCAUGACAAAGACAAACACACCUCAAACUGUCGUCCUUUCUUAGCUUGCUGCGUUUUACAGUCCUUUCUGCGACCGGUUUCUAAGCCUUUAUUAUCUAAAACUGACGAAUUACAGAAAUGAUGAAGUCGUUCUCUUAUUUCUGUUCAAUGUACCAGAGCUGUGUAUCUGUUAAUGAGAUACAGAGUCAUUUCUGUGAAAUGUAUAAAUGUUUAUGUGCGGGUCAAAUUCCUCUCUGACAUCCUAGCAGUCCGUAGACAGGUAUUCCUGUUCCGCCGAGCCCUGCAGAUCCCGCCCCUCGUGCCGUCCCGUCUUACACGCCCCCCCCCCUCGAGGAAUCUCCCACCUGGAAAAAAAAUCCACUCGCUGUGAACCCAGCCUGCCUUUUUUUUUUUUUUUUUUUUUUGCCCUAAAACCCCGAGGCAAAGGCGCAGCUCGUCUGCACCACUCAACAAAACAGUGCUUUCCCCUCCCCGAUCCCCUCCGUCCGCAGCCACCGCCGGGACGAGCCCUCGGUGCCCCCGCGGAGCUGCCAAGCUGGAAGCUCCUCAAUCCGCAGCUCCCUAGCCCUGACACCGAGACUUGGGCGCCUUGAGGGCUUUCUCAGCAAAAGGGGAAACUCCCUCUCACCCCGACCCCGGCUUAUGCUGGUUUUUACACCAUCCCUUUGGUUUGUAUCCUUAUUUCCCCCGGCUUUCUUCUUUCACGGGAGAGGUUUUGUUUGUCGGACAGAUGUCGGUCACCCCCCGCUCGGUGGCCGCUUGCACUCUUUUGAUGUUGACUGAAGAACUUUGGGGUUUUUUUUCAUAAACUUUAACUGCUUUUGUUUGGCUCUGUACUUUCCCUGCAGCUGUAAUUGCCGAGUGCCUGUUGUAUACUUUAUAGAGUUGAAAUAAAAAUAAUUACUUUUGAACAA